AGUGGAGUUUAUGUUUCAUCAAGUUGAACGCCGAGAUAUGCACUGUUCCUCUGGAUACCGAUACCCCAUGAGAUCGGCGGCUUAGAGUAGGUGACUCGUCAUACCACUUUAAUGGAGAUAGCUUAAUUGUAUGCUUAAUUGUAAGCUUCUUUCUUCCCGGCAGAGCUCCUCAUCAUUCCAAUCGAAGCUGAUAUUUUUCGUCAUCCACCAAAAUGGAAUAUGCGGCGCUUCCGACGAAAGAGUCUACAGAAUCCGAGACUCUACUUCUAAGCGAAAUCGCUUCACUUCGACCAGACAAGCCAAAUAAGUUACAUAGGUGGCUGCAUUGGGCUUUUCAUGGCAUCAGCUCUGCUAUUAUAAUCACCCUGCUCAUACUUCUGAGCCUAGUCUCUCAGACAAGCCGGGCUAAAUGUUGGAGCAUGUUUAAUUACUACUCUCCAGUAGACGAUGCCGUUGUUCCGCAUCCAUAUGUCCAUCAAGUCUUCAAUGGCUCACUCUGGCACCAGAACCGUUGGAAAGGCCCGCCUACUGAGGAAGUCGAGAAGGCCUGGUAUGAGGUUAUGCAAUAUGGCAUGAUCAGUGUUUCCAAGGAAGAUAUUGAGAAGGUCCAGCAUCCCGAUUGGUCAGCCAAAUUUCCCCCUGAAGCUGGUGGUGGAUAUAUCGCCGCGACCAUUGGAACACACCAGGUGCACUGUUUACAUUACAUCUGGCAAGAUCACUAUAUGGAGUAUUUCCCGGCGACGCAGGACAAGAAGCAGCGUGUGCCGGAGCUGUACGAACUCCACUACGAGCACUGCAUUGACUACAUCCGCCAGAGCCUCAUGUGUCAAUUUGACACCGGCAUCAUCCCGUAUAACUGGGUCUUGGACCACCAGAACCCGACACCGAAUGCCAACACGCAUCACAAGUGUGUUAACUGGGAUGCUCUGCAGGGAUGGCUGAAGAAGAGGGCAGUGAAGAUGCCUGAUAAUUUUCAGUGGAAGCAGCCUGAGGACGCUAUUUCCCUUGAAUGGAACCCAUAGGGAAGCACAAGACCAUUGUAUCACAAACAGUGUAAAAGCUCAAAGCAGCACUUUUAACACACGCGUAUCACCUAAGAAAAGAUGGUUAGCUACUGGCGCGGGUUUUAUUGACGGAGUGUCUUGAGCCUAAGCUCAGGUCAUAAAGGGGCAUACCUCGGACAUGGAUAUUCGUCUAGAGACUUAGGUAGCUAUUUACACCAAGGUGAUAAAUAAAGAAGUAUAAUUAAUGAGUGUAACAACA